AUGACCAAAUCAUCGAAAUUAUCAGUUAACCUACCAUUAGGUAACCUAACAAUACCUGUUCAUAUGUCACCAUCUUUUAUACCAACAACAAUUACAUCAUCACCAAUAACAUGUACUGUUACUUCAUCAUCCAUCGUAUUACCACCACCAUAUCAUACGAUAAACUUAAAUAGCAUACCAUGUUAUACUGAUAUCGAUGUUGUCGGAAUAACUGAUGUAGCUCGUGAUGUACAUCUUGAUGAUGACGAUGAUGAAGAGCAAUAUGAUAAGCCGUUGGAUUUAUCAGUUAAAAAGCGAGAAAUAUACUGUUUACCGUCAUGUUCAACUGCUCUUAAACCUCAACCGCGUCCUACCGUUAUACGAAAUGGUUACAUAUUUUUUUAG